UCUAAACUGUCAAAUAAAUGCGUUCCGAUCGCGUUUCUUUAUUAUAAGUUGAAGUUUUGUGUAUUUUAGUCAUUCAAAAUGUUCGAAGGUGAUUCCGAUUAUAUCGUUGAACAGUAUAUUAAACCAAAGAGAGUGGCUGUUCCGCUGAUAAACGAUGAAAGAGCGGAUAUACUUGGAAACUUUGAAGACGACGAUGAUAAACAUGGAAAGAAGAAAUCGAAAAAAGUUAAGGAAGUUGUGAAUAUUUCAGAGGAAAAUCCAUUUGCCGAUGAUGAUGAUGAUGAUGAUGCUGAUGAUGGUGAUAUUAUUGAAGAUGUAAAUGCCAGCGAAAAUGAGGAACAGAAUGGUAUUUCUGAAGAAGGAGAAACAGAGGAAGGAGAAGAUGUUGAUGAAAAUUUUGAAAACGAUGACGAAAAAAUGGAUGAAGUUGUCGAUGAAAAUCCGAGCUCCGAUGAAAUAACAAAUGUGCCACCCACCAAGGUGACCGCAAAAAAACAAACAAAAACCAAGAAACAAAAUGUGAAAACGACCGAAAUGAAGAAACAACCGAUCGAAAAGAAAACCGAUUUAACUGAUGAACAAAUCAAAGCUUUAGUACGAGGCGCCAGCAAACAAGAUCGAUUUGUGUUGUAUGUGACAAAUUUAAAUUACUCCACAACACGAGAUACAUUGUCGGAAUUCUUUGAGGCUGUUGGUUCUGUUAAAUCGGUUCGAAUACCAAAAGUACGUCGCAGUGCAUUUGCCUUUGUAGAAAUGAGCGAUAUGACUGGAUUCAAGAAUGCAUUUACGCUGCACAAUCGAACGCUUGACAAUUAUACAAUUAAAGUGCAAAUAUCGGAGGGUGGCAAAAAGAAAUCGGCAAAUAAGAAAAAUAUUCUAAAGCAAAAAAAUCGCAAAUUGGCCGAAAUGAGAAACGAAGGAAAGGCAUUCCAGCGCAGUGGGAAGGGCUAUGAUAAAACAAUAAAAAAAGAAAUCAAUCAACGGAAAAUUCAACAGAAUCGACGAUUGGCCAAAAAACAAGCGAAAAAACAGUUGUAAAAAAACAAAUUGUAAUACACAUAAAAUCAGGCUAUGGCCAUGAAUCAAUUAUUACUGGCAUAA